UCAUAUAUUAUAGCACAGAUAUCAUAUAUUAUAGCAUAGAUAUCGUAUAGAUUAUUAUAGACAUAAACUAUAACAACAUGACAAUAAACUUCUUUUCCAGUUUUUAGCAAUAUUCCACAAAACUUUAGUUUGCUUUACAAAUUUAUUCAGAAUUUUAUAAAAUACCAAGCUGCACAAUUAGUUCAUAGUGUUUUAAUAUCGCCCCCAAUAGAACAUGGGGGUCGGCAUAAGCAUCGAUAUGUUACCCCGUCCAAGCACUAAGACAUUGAAACAAUAUUAUUUAUGCGUCACAAUGGUAUGUUCGUUUCUGGGGUUAAUUGGGACGAUAAUGGUUGCCGUGGAGAUGACAAAGAUACAACAACAACCAUUCAAUCUUAUCUCAUAUUUCGGUUUAUGUUUGCUAACAAUGGGGUUCAUUGUUUCAUAUUCAAUAUUCGCGUACGCUGCUUUUAAGUUCCAUCAAUAUUCGACGGGGCCUGUGGUCGUGUGUAGCAACUGUUUGAAUGCUCUUAUAGGUACGUCACUGAUAAUCGUUGCCCACGUGCUUCCGGUGAGCAAAAUAUUCCCGCGCAUAUUUGACCCAAGUGUCGAAGGUGUCCACAAAAAGCUCGAAGACAACGUUUGGAAUCGUAUCACCAUAUUUGGAAGUAUUCUCACUGGGGUGGGAUUUACUGGAGCUGUGACGUCAUUCUACGUCAUAUGGAGAUUACACGCAAAUAAAGAAUUCCUGAAACGGAAAGAACGUCAUAGACGACGAGUGUCACGUCAACAAUGGUUGCAUAAUGGAGGGGAUGCGUGGAUGUUGAACAGCCAAACCAGCCGUGGUUUGGUGUACGACUACACGGCUUGGGGAAACAGAACCAAGGAUCUUUAUAAGGACAAACUCAAUAUGACGUAUCUUCAUCACCACGACAACGAUGCGCAUGCGCACUCGGGUAAAAUAAACAACGAAAGGAAAACGUUCGCGAGUGGCAUCAACUUGAUAUCACCCUUCCAAUCAGCGACCGCAUUUAUUAAGACGGCGGUAAAGUUUAAUUCGUCAUCCAAUGGGCGGGAAAGCGAGAAUUUGAAUGAAGAAUCAUUCCAAAAAUCACCGGAAAGUAACCCAGAGUGCGCGAAAGGCAACGGAUUAAUGGGCACCGUGAAACCCGAAAUAUUGAUCACGCCCGAUGACGCAAUGGUUCGUGACGUCACACAUGGUGGGUUAGCAGAUAUGUGGAAACGUCAGCGAAGAAUAUUUUCCGUGGUCGAAGAACUUUCUACAAAGAACUUGGAACCGCGUGAAUGGCGGCGAACGCUAUCCGAUAGUGACGUAGACAAGAAACCGUGACGUCUUUGUUAUGACGUCAUUAUAAACAUUUGAUUUACUGUGUUGCAUGAAACAUAUGACGUCAUAUUUGGAUAAUAUUACGUAACCAUGACGUCAUUUUACCCAAUAUUGUUCAUCAUUGCCAAAUUGCCUCUGUCGACGCACAAUCACAUUUGUUUACGUCACAAU